AUGGCCACCUCUGGAUCCCUCUCACCCGAGGAUGCAGCAUACGAGACCUUGGAAGUCGGCGAACACCAUCUCCAUGAGCCGCUGAAAAUGACGCUCGCGAAGAACUUCUACGGCGGCCUACUACUUUCAGCUGCAGGCCAGCUCGCCAUGCUACUUUCCAAAGGCAUUCCCGGGUAUUCCAAGGCCAAUCCUGGCCUCUCGCUAAUGCUGCAGGGGACUGCCUUUCCAGUCGGUCUCAUUAUUGUGUAUGCUCUAGGCGCGGAGCUAUUCACGGGCUACCCAAUGUGGUUCUGCAUGACAGCUAUCGACCGCAAAGGCAAACCCUGGCAGUAUGUCAUGACCAUCAUCAUGUCGCUCGGUGGCAACUUCGCCGGUGCCUUGUUCUGGUCCGGCGUCCAAUCAUACUUCACUCAAAGUGUGACCGAGGAGCCGUGGCGUAGCAGCAUCAUCGAGCAGAUCGAUAGCAGCAUCACCGACGAGGACUGGCAUGUCAUCUUCCUACGAGCCAUCGGCUGCGGCUUUCUGGUCUCAAUUGCCAUGAUGCUCGGCACGCAGAACCGCGAUGGCAUCUCCAAGGCCCUUGGUCUCUGGUUGCCGUUCUUCAUCUCGACGGUCUCGGAGUUUCCGCACACGGUGGAGUACAUGUAUCUUGGACUUACGGCGAUGAUGCUUGGAGCUAGACUUAGUGUUGGACUUUUCUUAUGGAAGUGCAUCUUGCCUGUCAUCCUUGGAAAUAUUGUGGGAGGAGCCUUCGUGGGCGGCUAUAACUACCUUGUCUUUGUCAAGCGAGGAGAUGACAAACAGACUGGGCAACGGAGGGACUGGCUGCCGGCGACCGCAGACGAUUGA